AUGGGUUUUCAGGCGCAGCCUAUUCUCAUUGAUGCCCGAGGGCACUUACUAGGCCGUCUCUCGUCAAUUGUUGCUAAAUGUCUUUUACAAGGACAGCGUGUUGUUGUGGUAAGAUGUGAAGGAAUUAAUAUUUCUGGACACUUUCACAGAAACAAAAUGAAGUACUUGGAUUAUUUGAGGAAAAGAUGUAAUGUAAAUCCUGCUCGUGGUCCAUUCCAUUUUAGAGCUCCCAGCAAAAUGUUCUUCAGGACUGUUAGAGGUAUGCUUCCUCACAACAACAAGCGAGGGAAGGAGGCACUUGGUAGACUAAAGGCAUUUGAAGGCAUCCCCCCACCUUACAACACAAGGAAAAGAAUGAUUGUACCCUCUGCUCUUAGAAUCAUCAGGUUGAAACCUGGUAGAAAGUUCUGUGAUUUAAACAGGCUGGCCCAUGAAGUGGGUUGGAAGUACCAGGCUGUCACUGCUGCAUUGGAAGAAAGACGAAAAGCCAAAUCCGCAGUGUUUGCUGGAAGAGCUAAAAUAAAACAGGCACUGGAGCGAAAAGCAAAAGAGGUAGUUGCUAAGAGAAUUAGAAAGCAGCAAAAGGUCAUUGAACAAUAUGGCUUCAGAUAA